AUGGCUUGGAGUCACCUCAGCAUCACGGACCCGCACUUGGUGUACAUCAUCCUCGGCGGCUUCACCACUCUGUUCAUGCUCUGUUCCUCCUUCAUCAAGGAGCGCAUGUACAUUGGUGAAGCCACUGUCGCCACCCUGUGCGGAGUCAUCUUCGGUCCUCAUGCCGCCAACCUCAUCAACCCCAAUAACUGGGGAUCCACCGACAUCGUCACCAUCGAGUUUUCCCGUAUCGUUCUGGUCGUCCAGUGCUUUGCCGUCGGUGUAGAAUUGCCCAAGUUCUACAUGGAGCGUCACUGGCGAUCCGUCAUCUACCUCCUUAUCCCCGUCAUGACCUUCGGAUGGCUCAUCGUGAGCCUGUUCAUCUGGUGGAUGAUCCCCCCCUUUAACUGGUUGGAUAGUUUGGUGGUUGCCGCGUGUGUCACGGCCACGGAUCCCGUUCUUGCUUCUUCCGUCGUCGGAAAGGGUAAGUUCGCCAAGCGGGUGCCGAAGCAUCUCCGAGAUUUGCUCUCUGCUGAAUCUGGAUGCAAUGACGGCAUGGCAUUCCCCUUCGUCUACCUGUCUAUUUAUCUGAUCCAGUACCAUCGUAAUGCUGGCGAGGUCACUCUCCACUUUGUCUGUUACACCAUCCUGUACGAGUGUGUGUUUGGAGCUGUAUAUGGUUUUCUCAUUGGCUAUAUCGCCCGCCAUGGCAUCAAGUACGCAGAGAAGCACGAUUUGAUUGAUCGGGAGAGCUUUCUCGUCUUUUAUUUUGUUGUUGCUCUCUUCUGUGCCGGCUCUGGUAGUAUCCUGGGCGUGGACGACUUGCUCGUUGGCUUUGCAGCUGGAGUCGGCUUCUCUAACGAUGGGUGGUUCGGAGAGAAGACCGAGGAGUCCCAUGUUUCCAACGUCAUUGAUUUGUUGAUUAACUUGACGUACUUUGUCUAUCUCGGUACUAUUAUUCCCUGGGAACAGUACAAUAGCGGUGUUAUGGGUCUUACCGUUUGGCGCCUUGUUGUAAUAUCCGUUUUCGUCAUCUUCUUCCGGCGCAUCCCCAUCAUGUUAGCCUUGAAACCGCUAAUACCCGAUAUCAGAACUUGGCGGGAGGCUCUCUUCGCUGGCCACUUUGGGCCUAUUGGUGUCGGUGCCAUCUUCAUUGCUAUUCUCGCACGAGCAGAGCUAGAGACCGGAGAGCCAGUACCGCUGGCAGUUCUUCCGGAACCCGAUGCACCAGAGUUUGACUUGAUCUACCUCGUUUGGCCCAUAACAACUUUCAUGGUUAUAUCCUCCAUCCUCGUACACGGCUCCUCUAUUGCAGUGUUUACACUGGGCAAGAGAAUCAACACACUCACCUUGACCAUGUCCUACACCGCAGCUCCCGAGGACGGACCUUCUUGGAUGAACAGACUCCCCCGAAUUUCCUCAAUGUCACGUUCUCAGGGUAAGAUGUCUGAGGCCUCAUUUGACGAAAAGGAGACAGAUCCCACUGGUGACACUCUCGCACCACCCGAGGGCUUCCUCCGACGCCGCAGAGAGGACCAUAGUCGUCAAGGAAGCCGAGCUUCUUCGCUUGUCUCCAGGCGGCGCAAGUCGAAGAAAGAUGACGGCGCAGGUGGUCCCAUCAGUCAAUCAGCCAUCUUCCCAAGCCGAGAAACCACCACAACUGGGUCUGAAGGCCAGAAAGACCAAGAGCCCAAGGACACCGUUGACAGCUCGCCCGCCAGCGAUAGCAUCGACGAGAUCAAGGCUGAAGGCUCUGAAGAGAGCAUCAAGUCCCCAGAACUAGCCGUCACUACACCCCGCAUCCAAGUGUACGAAGAGGGCAGCGAUCUGGUGUUUGAAAAUCAGGAUGGAGAGGUGCUGGCUGUCCAGCCAAGUCCACGGGAGGAUGAAACAGACUUGCCAUCUCCCGUUACUGCGGCAUUGCGGUCUCCCAACAAAACAUGGUCUUUGGGUGGUAUGAGACAGAGAGUCAGUGAUAUGUACUCGACCGAGAAGGAAAAACGAAAAGAAAAGGGCAAAUCUCGAAAGCACGAGCCAGCACGAGCCUAUCAGUUUGGCAAUACCAUUAUUGUCGAGGACGAGGAUGGUGAAGUCGUAAAGACGUACGAGAUUCCCUCACAGAAGCCAGAGGGCCAGGCGGAUGUCUUCAAUACCAGUCUGAAGUAUAUGGGUUUGGGCGGUCUUGCCAAGGCGGAGGGUGAAACUUCCGCACAAGCUGCCCAGACCGGAACUAGCGCUCCAACCGCUGGGGGCAGUGGCUGGACGAGCAUCCUCGGUGGUGCUGGCCGCCGCAAGAAUGUUGCUUCCCAGGAGAGCCAGGACGAUGAUGCUGAUGAUGACCGUAAGAUCCGCUUCACCAUUGGAGGCGUUGGCAAGCGCAUGACCAAGGAGGACUUUAUCCGUGAGGUCCAGAACCUUGAUGCCAACACUCGCCGAGAAGUGGUGAACAACUCUACGGCCUCUCAAGAGGUUAAGAGCAUUGCCAAGGAAGGGGUACCCGAGCAGCCAAAGACUGCAGUUAAGGUUUCCAAGCCCAGCACGGAUGCCAAGGCCCCAGCUUCACCGCCUAAAACAUCACCUCACAAGACGCAACCAUCUGAGGAGCAGGGCGAAAGUGCCGCAGAGCGAAAACGAAGAUUGGCCGUAUUGGCCACACAGGGUGACGACGACGAUGAUGGCGACGAUUACGAAACGCCUGCAGAACGCAGACGGCGAGAGGCCGCACUUGGAAUGGCCGACGAAGACAGCGAUGAGGAAGAGAGGGGACGAGCCACACCGGCUAGGAUCCGCUUCGCCGAGCCCCAACGUGAGAAAAAGUGA